ACAUAUUGAAAAUGCACAAAUGUUGUUUAUUGCUUUCCUUAUACAAUAUAAUUGAUUGGAUACCUUAGAUUAAUGUCUGCUUGACAGCGGAUGAUCCUCCAUAUGUGUUUAAUCCACACUCGAAGUCUCUGGCGUUAGCUAGAUAGGCCAUGUUCAGCACCAGCGCCAAAAUCGUGAAGCCUAACGGCGAAAAGCCUGAUGAAUUCGAAUCUGGAAUUUCCCAGGCACUUCUGGAGUUGGAGAUGAACUCUGACUUGAAGGCUCAACUAAGGGAGCUCAAUAUCACUGCUGCUAAGGAAAUUGAGGUCAGCAGUGGGAAGAAGGCCAUCAUCAUCUUCGUGCCUGUGCCCCAGCUAAAGUCCUUCCAGAAGAUACAGGUGCGGCUCGUGCGAGAGAUGGAGAAGAAAUUCAGUGGCAAGCACGUGGUCUUCAUCGCACAGAGGAGGAUUCUACCCAAGCCAACCAGGAAGAGUCGGACGAAAAACAAGCAGAAACGCCCCAGGAGUCGCACUCUGACUGCUGUGCACGACGCUAUCCUCGAGGACCUGGUCUUCCCCAGCGAAAUUGUGGGCAAGAGGAUCCGCGUGAAGCUGGACAGCGGCCGGCUCAUCAGGGUUCACCUGGACAAGGCGCAACAAAACAACAUCGAGCACAAGGUGGAGACCUUCUCUGGUGUCUACAAGAAGCUCACGGGCAAAGACGUUGUGUUUGAAUUCCCAGAAUUCCAGUUGUAAAGGACAGAGGGCCAAAUAAAUUUGUGUUCUGUCACCA